UGGAGCAAAAACCAAACAGAAUCUCCGAUUGUUUAGCUUUUGCUUAUUAGCUUAAGAAAGAGAGGGACAGGACAGAGUUUAAGAAAUCCUCCAAGAAAUGCGGAGCAUACCACUUGGCGUCUCAGUGUCCCCAACCUCAACCUUUGUAAACUCAUCUAAAACCACCUCUUCUUGUCUUACUUUCAAGAAGAAGCCACAAAAACAAAACCCAUCUUUCUUUUCCACUCCAAGGGCUCAUCAUCAUCGCUCCUCUCAUGAAUUCUCUCCCUUUUGUCCCUCCAAAUCUGGAGUUUGCCGAGCGAGUCAAGUGGUUGAUUUAUUUCCCACUGUGUCUCCUGGAAUUGUUGUUAGGGAGGCCAGGUUAGAGGACUGUUGGGAAGUGGCUGAGACCCACUGCAGCUCUUUCUUCCCUGAAUACAACUUCCCAUUAGAUUUUGUGCUGAGGCUUGAUAGGCUGGUGGCAAUGCUAGCAGGAUUGUCUGUACCUGAUGGUUGCAGGAGAACUUGUUUGGUUGCUGUACUUGGUAGUUCUACUGAUGAAACCUUCCUUUUUGGACCCGAAGAUUUCAAAAUUGGUAGUUUUGAUGGGAAAUUCAGUCUCAAUAGGGGGUAUGUGGCUGGAAUUUUAACAAUUGAUACUGUGGCUGAUUUCCUUCCAAGGAAAGGACGACUCCGGCAGAGAAGGACUGGAAUUGCAUAUAUAUCAAAUGUUGCUGUUCGGGAGAGAUUCCGACGCAAAGGAAUAGCUAAAAAGCUCAUAGCAAAAGCUGAGGCUCAAGCCAGGAGCUGGGGCUGCCGUGCCAUUGCAUUGCACUGUGACUUAAACAAUCCUGGGGCUACAAAGUUGUAUAAAGGCCAGGGUUUCAGAUCUAUUAAGGUGCCAGAAGGAGCAAACUGGCCCCAACCCAAGACCUCUCCAGAUGUUAGGUUCAGCUUCAUGAUGAAGCUUCUUAACACGUCAGCUGCAGCACAGAUUCGCCAUGAGCAUGUGAUAAGUUAGAAACAGAAAUAACCAUUACAACAGAUAGUAGAAGAGUAGGAUAGUUGAAAUUAGUUUGUUGUAUAGAUAGAUAAUGAGAUUAACUGAAGGUAUUGGCUGCAAUCUUAUUGCAAUGUAUUAUUCAUGGACGCAUGUCUAUUUUUUGAUGUGCCAUUGAGUUGUUUGUAUGAUUAAUACAGCUCUUGUAAAACACACACAAGUCAAAACCAAGCUUGUUAGGAGCAUAUUUGCCUGCACAUGUGGAUGCUCCUUUCCUUUUUAGCUAAGCAAUGAUUAUCUAAUAUAGUGGAUACAUGUAUUUUCACUCA